AAGAUGCAGGUAUUUAUAAACUGCUUUAAACAAAGAAGGCUACUUGUUGUAACAGAUGCUGAACGGCACUAUUUUGCCGUUACGGUUUUUAUAGAUAAAACGUAUUUAUUUACUUAUUUACAUUCCUUCACCUUUGAUAAGUGUAUCAACGUUACGUCGCGUCUACCUCCGCCUCGCUCAUACUACGUCAUUACGCAUUGUGAUCCUAACCAAUGAGAGAAGAGUAAAGCGUAAUGUGGUCUAGCGCCGGGUACAAAGAUUUCACAGUUGCAGGCUUAGAGCCUACUGUUCACUUGACUUCCUCACUGGGACCAUGGCGGCGGCUGCUGCCUGUGGCCAGCACAGCGCCGCGGUGCCACCGGCCAGCAAGAAGCCUCACACUAACAGGGAAAACAGCCGGAGAAACCGUGAGAACUCUCGCCGAAGACAAGCUGCUCUUUUGUUUCUCAGUAACAUCUCCCUGGACGGUCGGCCAGUUCAUAGUAACACAGCGGAGAACGCUGGAAGCCGCAGCCAAAAAGAGACCGACUUGGAGGCAGCGGACGCCGGCUGCUCUGCGGCAGCAGCGGCCGGCUUGUGUCCGGAGCUGGUUAGUGGUCAUACUAGCAACGACAGGCUGUUAUCUAGUUUGGCGGCGUCCGGCAAUUGCGGAAACGUAAAUUCCCCCACAUCGUCGAGGACCGGAAUCCUCAACAUUCCGCCUAUUCUCGUCCUGCCGUCCGAGCCCGGCAUAGACGACUUGGGGAGCGAGGAGGUUCUGCUGGGAUGUCGGAGAGGCUCCCUGUCUAUACCGGUCAACAGCAACCUGCUCUCACCGUCUCCGUCUAACAUCAGUCUGCUGCCUUCACCGCUGGGACACCGCAAGUCAUCGACCCUUCUAUCAGUUCAAAGCUGUAACUCCGUGUCCUCGGAGCCGAGACAGAGGACCCGUAAUCUCUCUGGUGGUUCUCCCAGACCUCGACACAACAAGAAGACUCACUUCAUAAAAAAUAUGAAACAGUACGACACAAGAGGCAGCAGGAUUGUGCUUAUCUGUGCAAAGAGGUCUCUGUGUGCUGCCUUCUCUGUCCUUCCAUAUGGAGAGAGCUUCUACCUCAGUGACCCCACAUUAAACCACCCGAGGAGGAGACACUCAUCCGGAAACAUCUCCACCCUGGAGAUGCUGCCAGGGCUGGAGGGCUUCCACCUGGAUACUUACGGCAGGUCAGUGUCGUACGCCCAGUUUCUGUAUCCUACUAAUGCUCUGGUGAGACAGAAGCCCUCAUCGACCAGCGACCUGAACCUGCAGAUCCCUGUGUCCAGGAGCACACGCAGCAUGACAGGCAGGAAUUGUCCACCCAGUCGGUUGAAUAGCACCGUGGGCUUGGACCUAGGCCUGGAUGAUGUGACAGACUACGACGCCAACCUCCUCAGUGACCAUCAGUGGCCAUGUGGAAAACACAAGAGGGUUCUGAUCUUUGCCUCAUAUAUGACCACAGUUAUAGAAUACGUCAAACCGUCAGACCUGAAGAAAGACAUGAAUGAGACGUUCAAAGAGAAAUUUCCUCAUAUAAAACUCACACUAAGCAAAAUUCGCAGUCUUAAACGGGAGAUGAGGGUCUUCGGGGAGGACUGUGACCUGCAGCCGGUCACCACUGCUAUGGCGUACGUCUACUUUGAGAAGCUGGUACUGCAGGGUCGACUCAACAAACAGAACAGGAAGCUGGUAUCAGCUGCCUGCAUCCUACUGGCUGCUAAAAUCAGCAGUGACCUCAAGAAACAGGAAGUCAAACACCUCAUUGACAAGCUGGAGGAGCGUUUCAGGAUCAGCAGACGGGAAUUGAUAUCAUUCGAGUUUACCAUUCUGGUUGCCCUGGAGAUGGCGCUGUACCUCCCAGAAAGCAAAGUCAUGCCACAUUACAGAAGACUGGUGCAGCAGCAGCAGUUAUAGCAGCAGCGGCACAGAGGUGCCUGCCUCUGGGGACACGCACCACCAUUUUAUCUCCACACUGUGAUGGAAGUAUCCUCCUGACGACUGAAGCCUCGGACGAAUCACUCUCUGCCCUCUGUUCACCACACGAACACGUUCACUGUGAACAGCGCAGAGGGAGUGACAUCACUGUUUUCUCCUCCUUGCACCAAAGUGACAACACACUGUGAUCAGUGGAGCAGCACCGUGGAACUCACCG